ACUGCAGUCAUCUUCCGUUCGCUCGACCGUAAAUAAGCCAAUUGCAGAUCCCACUCUCUUUUCUGUCAAUAGCAAGCAAAUCAUCCCGGUGGAAAAAAAUUGUGAAACACAAAAUUAUAAAGCAAGACCAUUCUGUUGUAAAACGAAGAGACUGCGAGUUUUGACGAAAGGAAUGAGUAUUUUUUUUUAAUUAUUUUUUUUUGGAAACGAGAACUGUGCAGUGUAGUGUAACUUCAAAAGGGAACAUCAUAGUAGUGUGCACAGCAGCGCAUAUUAAAAGGACUCUUCGGUACAUCGUCAGGCAUCGAGACGAGAAGCAGAUAGGAAUUUGAAGCAGUGAAAGAUCAGGGAAAACCAAAUUGCCGGUGCGCUCCGUGAGCGAAACUACUUAGAAAAAGUAUUGCGGAACAAAGUUUUCCCGUGUUCGGUAAUUUGUACAAGUGCGGAAUUAUUCAGAGGCAGAAAGUGGAAAACUAGUGAUUCACCGUCGAGCUAGUCGAAAGCGAAACGAACUAAUACUGAGAGCUUCACACAAAGGAAGAAAUGAAAAAUGGAGCAAUUUGAACAACUUUUAACGUGUUGCGUGUGUCUGGAUAGAUACCGCAAUCCGAAGCUUCUACCAUGUCAGCACUCGUUCUGCAUGGAGCCGUGCAUGGACGGCCUCAUCGACUACGUGAAGCGACAGGUAAAAUGCCCCGAGUGCCGUGCGGAGCACCGCAUCCCCUACCAGGGCGUGCAGGGUUUUCCGACCAACGUCACACUGCAACGAUUCCUGGAGCUGCACAUCGAGAUCACCGGCGAACUGCCGGAUCCGACGUCUGGCCAAGUGAUGGAACGGUGCAACGUGUGCUCGGAGAAGUCUUACUGCGCCCUGUGCAGUCACUGCGACAAGAAGAUCUGUCCGGACUGCAAGGGUGCCCACAUGGACAUCCUGCGGCGAGAAAUCAAUCGAAUCAAUAAUCAGAUCCGACGUGGUUUGCACCGUCUGAAGGAGGUGCUCGCGGUGGUCGAGAAGAACGCCCAGAACCUGCAGAACAACUGCGGAAGCGUGUCGGAAGAGAUCGAUGAGAUCUCCCGCCGCCUGCAGAAGGCACUCAAGGACCGAACGGAUCAACUGCGUAGCGAAAUGGACAAGUACAUAUCAACGGAGCUGAAGAAUGUUCUCACGAUGAAGGAAAAUCUGGAUCUGGAGAUUGGCAACAUUCAGAGUAAUUCCGAUCUGGCCGAGAAGUUCAUGAACGAAGGAUCGGUCGAGUGGGAUGACUGUGAACUGAUGGAUACGAAGGAGAUAUUCUUGCGAACGGUAGAUUUCAUAAGGAAUUUUGACUGCGAAACGAUGGACUACAGCCGGAAGGUGCGGUUCAUUAUGAACAUUGACCCGAACAAACUGAUCAUGGAGGUGUCGUCGUACGGGGAUUUGAAGCUACCGACGGAUUUGGCCGGUACGAGUCAAAGCCAGAGUAUGCUGCUGCAGCCACCAUCUGCACCGGGACUGAUGCGAUCGAAGAGUGACCACCGAUUGGCCGCCCAGUUCCGACAGCAGGAAGCUCAAGGAUGGAAUCCUGACGAAGAACCCCUACUAGGUGGACGCAAGUUUGGCGAACGGCCUGUUAAACCGGUACAGGAGAAAGAGAAGUACGGAAAUGAGUCUCGGUAUGGUCGUGGAAACGAUUAUGACUAUGACGAUGAACCGUCUAGCAGGACUACGAAGGGACGCUUCCGGUCAAGGUUUGCACGGAGCCACCAGCUGGAUAACGAUUCCGACAAUGAAUCCAAACAAGUACGUUUCAACGAGAAGGACGAAAAGUCGAACAAGGUUACCAGCACCGAGGAUGUGGCCAAGGGUCCGUUGAGUGGAAUCUUCCGCCUGAUGGACUCGCCACGUGUGAUGAAGCGUCUACAGGAUACGGAAAAGGGUAAAACCAAGAAAGCAUCUCCCGUUACGACCCCAACAGUGCCGAAACCAGCUCCGGUUUCCGUGAAACCCAAGGUCACGACAGCGAGACAACUUUCCGAAGAUGAUGAGAUUGCCAAGAUCAAGCGGCAAAAUAAGGGAGCAUCAACGAGCUCGACUACCACGACGACUACUACUCCAAUAUCCCCAGUAGUUACCGAACCAGAACGUCCAGCUGCCGAACGCGUUUCCGCAUUGAAAGCUCGGGUUACAGCGGCCGCAGCUGCCGCCGCCAACACCACCAGCGACGACAGUGAUAGUUCACCUUCUUCACCGACUCGGCGAUCGUCUCCGCAUGUUGAGGCCGACAGUGAUCAGGAUGAAUCGGAACGUUCGAGCCGUUCGCGGCAAUCUCUCACCGUCAAGGCUGGAACACCGGCUCCGAGCCAGCAGAAGAAACCUACGCGCUCAGCCAGCAGCGAAUCGAGCGAAUCCAGUGAAUCGUCCAGUGCUUCUCCGGUCCUGACGCCAUCCCGCGUUGAAGAAUCAUCCCGACCCAAAGCAUCGAUCCUGAAGAACGUUGAACCGGCUCGCAAUACCGCUUCUCCAACUUCCACCAGCUCAUCGCCUACGGAGAAGAAACCUUUCCAGAGCCGCUUCCUGCAACCUCAGGCACAAUCCCCUCAGCCCGCGGAGAAGAAAGAAGAAUCCGAAUCGAGCAGCGAAGAGGAAACCUCCUCCGAAGAAGAAUCCGACGAGGAAGAAGAAGAAGUGGUCAAGCCAACACCAAGACCAACGCCAACGGUCACUUCCACUCCUUCUACGCAUCAUCGAACCGAACAACCCAGCACGCCGCUAUUGAGCCGAGUCCAGGCAAGGGAAGCUGCCACAGCUGAUUCUCGAAAGAACUCCCGCGAAGAAACCCGCUCCAGUGGCUACUCCAGUCCCACCAGCUACCACCGUAGCAACUACGAGCGUGACGAGAGCCCCAAGUAUGGAUCGCCGUCGUCGUCUUCCGCCCUGCGUUCCCGAACGACCACCCACGUGGAACCGGAACCGGAGAACAAAUACGGCAGCUCUGGAUACACCAGCCGGUUCCUGAACAAGAGCAAGAGUACGGCCGUGGUUGCCGAUGACGAUGCCACCGGAGACGACUCCGACAGUCGUCUGGGAGGCAACAGAAGUCGGUUCAGUGCCCUGGCCGAUAGGAGAAAUCGACUGGCCCGAAGCCGUUCGUCACACAACUUCGGCAAUGACGAUGAGGAUGAUGAGCCGGUUUCACCGACAACUUCCUCGCCGUCGGCAUAUCUCGCUUCGAGGUACGGUGCCUCGUCUUCCCUAGCAUCGCAACCGGCUGACCUGUCUCGUAGUCGUUCGACCCAUGCCCUAAAAGCUCGUGAACCGUCGCCGGAUCGCAGCACCGGCAGUGAUAAGGACGGAGCCGCCCUCAGCUCGUGGGCCCGCUACCUGAAGAACAAGUAUGGCAACCGGUCCACCAAGGACAGCAAAGACACCCCAUCCAGCUCGUCGCUGUCCGCCACGUCCUCCUCACUAGCCUCACCAUCAUCAUCCUCGUCAGCGUCGUCUGCGGCAGCCGCCCGACGACUGAGCCUCGGUCUUCCCCUGCGCCAGACCGACAUCCUUAGCUCCGAUGACGAUUCAAAAAACGGGGUAGGCUCCCCUACCUCUCCUACGGCAACAGCAGUAGUCGGUAUACCAGGGGCAGCAGGUAUGUCCCCUAGGACGCAGUACCUGCAAAAGCGCCGACAGCUGUUCCAGAUAGGAGGUCGGGGGAGCGAACCCGGUUCCUUCACGUGGCCCCGCGGCAUCUCCGUGGGUCCCGACAAUAGCAUCGUGGUCGCGGAUUCUUCCAACCAUCGCGUCCAGGUGUUUGACUCGAACGGUAUAUUUGUGAAAGAAUUUGGCCAAUACGGCAAUGGGGACGGGGAGUUUGACUGCCUGGCCGGCGUUGCCGUCAACCGCAUCGGACAGUUCAUCAUAGCCGACAGAUACAACCACCGCAUCCAAGUGCUGGACCCAGCCGGACGCUUCCUGCGUUCGUUUGGCAGCCAGGGCACGGCCGAUGGCAAGUUUAACUAUCCGUGGGGUAUCACCACCGAUGCGCUAGGCUUCAUCUAUGUUUGUGAUAAGGAAAAUCAUCGUAUUCAGGUAUUCCAAUCGGACGGCACCUUCAUCGGUAAAUUUGGCAGCGGUGGCAAGGAGGAAGGCCAGCUCGAACAUCCGCACUACAUAGCCGUUUCCAACACAAACCGUGUCAUCGUUUCCGAUUCGAACAACCAUCGUAUUCAGAUCUUCGACGUUAACGGUCGUGUGCUGACCACGUUCGGUAGCGAAGGCUCGGACGAAGGGCAGUUCAAGUUCCCGAGAGGCGUCGCGGUCGACGAUCAGGGCUACAUCUGCGUGGCCGAUUCCGGCAACAACCGCAUCCAGAUCUUCCACCCGGACGGAAGCUUCCUGCGCGCGUUCGGUUCCUGGGGCUCCGGUGAUGCCGAGUUCAAGGGCCUGGAAGGGGUGGCCAUCAUGUCCAACGGCAACAUCCUCGUGUGCGACCGGGAAAACCAUCGGGUGCAGGUGUUUUAAGUUUGUUACGAUAACCCAACAAUGUGUACGAGUCACGUCUUCAUCACGGUGAAAUCUACAACUUGAAAUCGAACAAUUUGAUCAGAAAAGUUUUAUCCAGGAAAAUUUAAAAUAGUACCACGUCUUUUUCCGAUUCAAUUUGGCUGGACUUUUGCAGCCGCACCAGGGAGAUCGAGCGGCAUGGAAUGCCAAUUUCAGCAUCAUUCGGUUGAAAUUAACAGUCUCUGCCAGUGCCGAUUUGUUUGAAUAAUUUUACUAGUCAGAACUUUGGUAAUCAUCCUUAUCCGUUAUCAUUUUUUUUAAGCUCACUGUCUAUAAGACGUGUAUGUUGAUGUUGUUUUCGGAUUUAACACUGAUUGGAUCGUAGAUUUUUUAUAAUGAAAAAGUUAUAAUGAUACCAAGUAAUGCAAAAUGAAAUGUAGCAAUCAAAGUGAAAAGCGAAAACUUCUAGCAUAAUAAUAAAUAUUUUUGAUUUUUUGUGUUUGAACAGC